AUGAAACGAGAUCGCGAAGACUCGGAUGAUGAACAACUGCAGAGUUCCCGAGUAAGGCUGGGUGGUGACAGUGGUCUGAAUGACACUUCGGAUGCCUCAAAUUUAGAUGAGAGCGAUCAAAACAGGGACUUCACGAAACCUUCUGGGAAGAAGCAUAGAGAGAAAACAACUUUCACCAUUGCGUGGAUCUGCGCCCUUCCAAAAGAAGCGAUUCCAGCUGUCCUACUGCUGGACGAGGAAUAUGAACCUCUCUAUGUGCCGGAAGAUGAUAAUUCAUAUUAUUUUGGCCGCAUGGACAGGCACAAAAUUGUUAUCGCAACUCUCCCCAAAGGAUCCUAUGGAGAGAUAUCAUCCGCUGGAGUUGCCCACAACAUUGCACGAAGUUUCCCGUCAAUCCGUCUUUGUCUUUUGGUCGGGAUUGGAGCCGGAAUCCCUAGUGAGGAGAACGAUAUCAGGCUGGGUGAUGUCGUGAUCAGUAUCCCUUCCGGUAACCUUGGAGGCGUGGUACAGUUCGACUUCGGCACGGAAUAUGCGGAUAGGCCCUUUCAACUAAAGGGUUCAUUGAAUAAGCCACCAGACGCCCUUGCAGCAGCCACAUCAAGUUUUGAGAUAAAUGAUCAAAUGGGGAAGAGCAAGAUUCCCCAACUUUUGGCACAGGCGCAAAAGAAGAUGGUCAAGAAUCCAUCUCGUUACCGAUAUCCCGGAGUAGAGAAGGACCAUCUCUUUCCCCCAAAUUAUCCGUGUAAGAGCGAAGGGAGAACAUGCAGGGAUUGCGACAAGAAUCAAGUUGACCUGCGUCGAAGCGGGUACCGUUCAUGUGUAGAUCCAAUUAUUCACUACGGUAUCAUUGCUUCUGGCAGCAAGUUGAUGAGGAACCCACUUCUACGAGACGAGCUUAUGGAGAAGUACGGCGCCAAGUGCAUUGAAAUGGAGGCGGCCGGUAUCAUGAACAAGUUACCCUGCCUGGUCAUCCGUGGAAUCUGUGACUACGCGGAUUCGCACAAGAAUGAUUUUUGGCAAGACUAUGCGGCACUGGCGGCAUCCGCUUGUGCAAGAGAGCUUCUUGGAUUUGUGUCUCCAAUAUUGUACAAGAAGACGUCCGAGGAGUGA